CAUGCAGACAUAGCCAUGAGGUCUCGCUGUUGCGGUCACGUGACUCUCCAGUUUCAGCGAGGUCACGUGGUGCGUUUUGUUGACGGCUGUUCCUGCAUUGUGCGGUGUAUUCACGGGCUUGUCCCGCAGCUGGUGCAAUGUCAUCUCGCUCGCAGGCGUCAAACAGGACUGGAAGAGAACAACCUGGAGCGGACAACUGAGGUGCUUGGUUCCGCUGUUGCCCAGCCAAGCCUCCGCGGUGUCGCUGAUAGGAGAAGCCCCGCAGUGAUGUCUUUGUUGCUGGUUUAAGACCCAGAAAAGGAAGCAGGAACUGUUUUUCAUCUCGACGGGACCACGGCUUGUGUGAAGUUCAUGUGGGGAGACCAUCUUUUUUUCAGAAACCCGACUGAUCCGCGUACUGAGUCAAAAUGGCUAUCAUGAGACAAUUUGGACUCCUGGUGUGGAAAAACUAUCUCCAGCAGAAACGACAAAUCCUGGUAACUUUGGUGGAGAUACUCCUGCCCCUGCUAUUCUCCGGCAUCCUCAUCUUGUUGCGUCAGAAGGUGCCCUUUAAGGACUACCCGAAUGCCACGAUCUACGAAAGCUACACCGUCGACACGUUACCCAAGAAGUUCUUGGGGCGCUUACAGCUGGGCUACGUGCCCGGUAACUCCAGCGUGGUGCGUCAGGUGGCAGACGAUGUGCGAGGCAGCUUGUCCCUCUCCUCAGUGCGUGGCUUUGAAACCGAGAAACACUUUGAGGAAUAUGUGAAAAAUGACCCUCUGUCGGGAAAGAUGCUGGCUGCUGUGGUGUUUGAGCACCCGUUCAGUCACGAUGAUGAACCUCUGCCUCUAAAGGUGAGCUACCACCUACGCUUCUCCUUCACGCCACGUAACGCCCCGCCCAAAGAGAAAUCCGAGCUGAACCCGAACAGUGACCUGGACUGGCACACGCUCAGCCUCUUUCCACUUUUUCAACUGCCUGGGCCGAGAGAGCAGUAUGACAAGGAGGGCGGCACGCCAGGUUAUUUCCGAGAGGGAUUUCUGGCCGUGCAGCACGCGGUGGACCGGGCCAUUAUGCACUCUUACAACAGAACUACCGCUGGCCCUCUGCUGCAAAAGAUCAGAGUGGUCCUCUCACGGUUCCCAUUCCCUGCUUUCAUAUACGACGUCUUCAUCCUGGCAAUUCAGAACCAGCUGCCACUGUUACUGGUGCUCAGCUUCACUUACACUUCCCUCAACAUAGUACGCUCCGUUGUGCAGGAAAAGGAGAGAAAGCUCAAGGAGUACAUGAGGAUGAUGGGUCUCAGCAACUGGCUCCACUGGAGCGCCUGGUUCCUCAUGUUCCUCCUCUUCCUCUCUAUAUCUGUCUUCUUUGUUACUCUGCUGCUCUGUAUCCAGGUGAGCCCUAACGGAGCAGUGCUGUCCUACAGUGACCCCACGCUGGUCUUUGUCUUCCUGCUGGUCUUCACUGUGGCCACAAUCAACUUCAGCUUCAUGAUCAGUGCCUUCUUCUCACGAGCCAACGUGGCAGCGGCAGCAGGCGGCUUCAUUUAUUUCCUGAGCUACUUGCCUUAUUUGUUCCUCUGGCCACGUUACGACUUACUGAGCCACGCACAGAAGGUGUCGGCCUGCCUCAUAUCCAACGUAGCCAUGGCCAUGGGUGCCCAGCUCAUUGGAAUGUUUGAAGGCAAAGGCACAGGAAUCCAGUGGUCUAACUUGUUUGACUCUGUCACGGUGGAUGAUGACUUCUCCAUGGCCCAGGUUCUGGCCUUGCUGCUCUUUGACUCUGUGCUCUAUGGGCUGGUGGCCUGGUACAUGGAAGCAGUUUUUCCUGGGGAAUACGGAGUGCCUCUCCCAUCUUACUUCUUUGUGCUGCCGUCAUACUGGUGCAGCAGCCCUCGCAUGGCUCUGUUGAAUGAGAAGGAGGAAGAAGAGGAUGCAGAAAAGGCUCUAAAAGGAGAGUUUAUUGAGGAGGAGCCAGCCGGACUUGUCUCUGGGAUCAAGAUUAAACACCUUGUUAAGGACUUUAAAGUGGGCAACAAGACACGGAAAGCAGUGCAUGAUCUCACGCUGAACAUGUUUGAGGGACAGAUCACAGUGCUGCUGGGACAUAACGGUGCUGGAAAGACAACAACACUGUCCAUGCUGACAGGUCUCUUCCCACCCAGCGGCGGCAGGGCUUAUAUCAAUGGGUACGACAUCUGUCAGGACAUGGCUCUGAUCCGCCGCAGUCUGGGACUGUGUCCGCAGCACGAUGUGUUAUUCGAUAACCUCACUGUCAGAGAGCACCUGCUGUUUUACGCGCAGUUGAAAGGCUUCUCCAAAAACAAGACUCCAGACGAGGUGGACAGAAUCAUUCGGAUCCUGAACCUUGAGAACAAGCGGCACGCUCGCUCCAAGACCCUCUCGGGUGGCAUGAAGAGAAAACUGUCUAUUGGCAUUGCCCUCAUUGGUGAUUCCAAGGUUGUGAUGUUGGAUGAGCCCACGUCGGGCAUGGACCCAUCUGCUCGACGUGCAACCUGGGACCUUCUGCAAGGGGAGAAAUCUGGUCGCACCAUUCUGCUCACCACACACUUCAUGGACGAGGCGGACCUACUCGGCGACCGCAUCGCCAUCAUGGCAGGAGGAGAGCUGCAGUGUUGCGGCUCAUCGCUUUUCCUGAAGAACAAAUAUGGUGCCGGCUACCACAUGGUGAUAGUGAAGGACGCCCUUUGUAAUGUGUCCGAGAUCAGCCGCCUUGUCCACAUGUAUGUUCCCAAUGCCACGCUGGAGAGCAGCGCCGGAGCCGAGCUCUCUUACAUUUUACCCAAGGAAAGCACCAGCAAAUUUGAGCUGCUGUUCGCUGAGCUGGAGAUGAACAGGGAGGAACUGGGCAUCGCCAGCUAUGGAGCUUCUGUAACCACCAUGGAAGAAGUUUUCCUCAGAGUGGGAAAGCUGGUAGAUUCUAGUUUGGACAUCCAGGCGAUCCAGCUGCCUGCGCUGCAGUACCAACAUGAGAGACGCUCCCAUGACUGGACCACAGAUGAUGCCAGCAGUAUCAGCGGAAUGACCGACGUCACGGACUUCACGGACAGCGGCACGCUCAUCUCGGAGGACUGCUCCAACAUCAAACUGAACACAGGGGUCAGACUGUAUUUGCAGCAGUUUUACGCCAUGUUCCUGAAGAGGGCAUUGUACAGCUGGAGGAACUGGAAGGUGAUGGUCGCUCAGUUCCUGGUGCCUUUGGUCUUCACUGUCGUGGCCUUAGUCGUGGCACGCACUUUACCCAAUCACAAGGACGCUCCUCAGCUUAAGCUGGCCCUCAGUCGCUACGGAACUACCAAGGUCCCUUUGGCUCUUUCUCCUGGAGCGAGUCUUCUGGCUACUGACCUGGCAAAUGUAUAUAGGUCACAGCUCUCUGCACAGCUCGGCCAAUUCAUCAACAUCACGGACAUUACUGAGUACAUCCUGACCCAGGCAGAAGAGGAGGGCGGCAGCUUUAGUGAGCGCUGCGUAGUGGGUGCCGCUUUCCGCGGCAGCAGCCGCAGCCAGUACACCGAGGCGACGGCCUACUUCAACAACCAGGGCUACCAUACUCCUGCCACGGCACUCAUGAUGGUGGACAAUGCCCUGUUUCAGCUCAUAGCGGGGCCAAACGCCUCUAUCGAGACGGGAAACUACCCCAUGCCACGCAACCUGUCGGAGAUUGCCCAGAGUCAGCUCACAGAGAGUAAGAUGGGCUUUGCCAUCGCCAUCAACCUGAUGUACGGCAUGGCCUCCCUGUCCAGCACCUUCGCCCUGCUGCUUGUGACCGAGUCCUCCAUCAAAUCCAAGCACGUGCAGCAGGUCAGCGGUGUCUACCUGUCAAACUUCUGGUUUUCAGCACUGCUGUGGGACCUGGUCAACUUCCUGUUGCCCUGCCUCCUCAUGCUGGUGGUGUUCCAGGCGUUUGGAGUCAAGGCUUUUGUAGAGGAGAACCACUUGGUCGAUGUGUUGCUGUUACUGAUGCUCUAUGGUUGGGCUAUAGUGCCUCUGAUGUAUCUCCUGAGCUUUUUCUUCUCCACUGCUGCUACUGCCUACACUCGCCUUACUAUCUUCAACAUGAUCUCUGGCACGGCCACCUUCCUGGCCGUCACUAUUAUGACCAUCCCAGAGUUGAACCUGCAGGACAUGUCACGCUUACUGGAUAAGGUGUUCCUGAUCUUCCCAAACUACUGCCUCGGAAUGUCCUUCAGCCAGUUCUACCAGAACUACGAAUUCAUCUCAUUUUGUACCUCCGGUCCUUUCAGCCAGUCACUCUGCAAGUACUUAAACAUCACCUACCAGACAAACUACUUCUCAAUGUCAGAGCCUGGUGUGGGACGCUUCCUUGUGGCCUUUUCGAUUCAGGGAGUGGUUUAUAUCUGUCUGCUGUUUGUCAUCGAGCUCCAGUGUGUCCACACUCUCUGGAGGGUUCUCACGUCCCUUAGUAGACGACGCAAACAGUUACCUCUUAUAGAGGAUGCCGCACUUCUUCCAGAGGACCGAGACGUUGCCGAAGAGAGGAAGAGGGUCCUCGAGUGCCAGCCGAUGGUCGAGUCGAUGGUCGGUAGCCCCCUCAUACUGCACGAGCUCAGCAAGGUGUACAGCAGCGGGACAAAUCUCCUGGCUGUGGACAGACUGUCUCUAGCUGUAGGUAAAGGAGAGUGUUUUGGCCUCCUGGGCUUCAAUGGAGCAGGAAAGACCACAACCUUUAAGAUGCUGACGGGCGACGAGAGCGUCACCUCCGGGGACGCUUACAUUGAUGGAUACAGCAUCUUGAGGGACACUAAGAAGGUGCAACAGCGCAUUGGUUACUGUCCUCAGUUUGAUGCUUUGCUGGAUCACAUGACAGGAAGGGAAACUCUGUGUAUGUAUGCCAGGCUCAGAGGCAUACCGGAGAAGUAUGUGUCCAGCUGUGUGGAGAACGUCCUGAGGUCACUGCUGCUGGAGCCUCAUGCUGACAAGCUGAUCCGCAGCUACAGUGGUGGUAACAAGCGGAAGCUGAGCGCAGGCAUGGCUCUCAUUGGCGGACCCCCUGUCAUCUUCCUGGACGAACCUUCGACUGGGAUGGACCCCGUGGCCAGGAGGCUGCUGUGGGAUUCCGUUACACGCACACGGGAGUCUGGCAAGGCCAUUAUCAUCACCUCUCACAGUAUGGAGGAAUGUGAGGCGCUGUGUACCAGACUGGCCGUGAUGGUCAAUGGUCAGUUCAAAUGUCUCGGCAGUCCCCAACACCUCAAGAGCAAGUUUGGCAGUGGCUACACGCUGCUGGCUAAAGUGCACGUGGAUGCGGAUUUGGAGGACAGUGACCUGCAGCUUUUUAAAGACUUUAUUGAAAGCACCUUUCCAGGAAGUCAACUGAAGGAUGAACACCAGGGAAUGGUGCAUUACCAUCUGACUGACAAGACAUUGACCUGGGCCCAGGUGUUUGGCACGUUGGAGGCAGCCAAAGAGAAAUACCGCAUAGAAGACUACUGUGUGAGCCAGAUUUCAUUGGAACAGGUGUUUCUCAGCUUCGCUCAGUUUCAGCACUGUUCAGAAACUGGGAGGAAUUAAGCGGAGCAAGGAGUCCGUCCAUUCACCAUCACCGUCCAUUUUCUACUGUGUGUGUGUGUGUGUGUGUGUGUGUGUGUAGGACCUGUGUACAUGGACUUGUCUUGGCUACACAGCAGCAUUUUUUGUUUUUUUAAACCUGACCAACAACACACACAGAGAGAAAGAGGGACCGGGCUAGUCCCUGAACUUCAACUCUAGCAUUUCUACUACUAUAUCCUGUCGAUGUGUCUUUCUUGGCUCAUUCACGUUGUUGUCAUUCUUGUUGUUUUGUUACCGGGACGGAGACGGGUGAGGAUGUCGUUUAUACCAAGUAAUGAACUCUGCACCUUAAAGUGAGGUCAAAGACAAUGACGCAGCUCGUUCGAUAAGGACCGCUUCUCUGCGUGUUCAGAUUGUUGUUUGUUGUUAUUUAUAAGUUAAUUUGAGCUAUGUUUUUGGGAGGGGGGGCGGGAUCAUGAAUCAUCACGCGAGAGUGAACCAAUCUAUUUGACGUGUUCGUGAAACCGUUGCAGACCUUUGCGCCUUAUCAAACUAAUGAGGAUUUGUUUCCUUAUGUUGUUGUGUACAAAAUGUUGUUGCCAGAUGUAAAAAAAAAAAAAAAAAAAAAGGUACUAAAAACACUUAUUUAGCGUCAGACCAGAGCAAGAGCGACAUCUACUGGUGAUACUGCAGAGAGUAACAAACACAGGACUCCUCCGCUCACCCCACCCUUUCCCACGAGUGUCGGGGGGAACUACGGUGGCCUUCUUGUACCAGAAAGGAUGUCGUCGUUCGGUGUUUGAGUAGAAAGCUUCCGCUUCAGAAUACGAAAUGCACUUUCUAGCCGUUGUAUGCUGUAGACAUAGGGUGGCGCGAGAUGACAGCAUAUGCAUAGUGCACACUGUAUAUAAGGCUUUACUCCGUGGCUACAAAAACAAACUGUUUUUUUUAUUUUUUAACUGAUUAUACACUUACACAUACUCAUCAUGGGUGAUAUAUAUCGAUCUCUGCCAACGAAACCACCCAAAUGUUACACGUAGGACCUUUAAAGUGGUUUAAAAAGGUCUCAUUUUUGACUCAUUAAUGAAUGCAUGUAUGUAUGAACUAUGACUCACAGGUGGCAUGAUGAUUAUGACGAUGAUGAUGAAAACCGUCCUUCCUGUUGUUGAGGGUUAGCCCUCAGUGUACACUUUGUCCAGUGUGAAUGAGUACGUCCAGUACACCGUCCAAUACGAACCAGAGAUUGUUUGUUUUUGCUGCCAAACAUGUCCAGGCAUUGCAGUUUUAGGUAGAAGCUGUUGAGCAUUAACAUUAACUUUUUUUUUGUUUUUUAAAAUGGUGCUGUUGUCACAGCAAGAACACAAGCUGUCAAAUUGUACGAGACUGCGCGUCAUUUUAAUUCAGGGCGUAGAACAACAAGACUGCAAUGAACGUUGAGGUAUUGAACACUUGUUUUUAAUUUCUCCCCACUGCUAUGCAUUUCACACUGUGUGUUUGUGUGUGUGUUCUAUCUACAUCUUUGUGAAGACCAAAAACAUAUAAACCAUAGGAGGUGACAUUUUAGGACCUUUUAACAGGUCCUCACAACUUUAAAGGGCUUUUAAGACCUUUUCCUGGUUAGAGAAAGGGACUCGGAUAGAUACAAGAAUGUGUGUGUGUAAGUAUGACAACAAAUGAUUCCUGAUUUCAGCCAGACUGUACACGAACAGUGCUAUGAUAAUCCUUAAAUCUCUGAAAACCCGUGAGAGAGUUAUUGUGUGAAGGACAAACAUCAUAUUUAAUGUAGAGCUGCUCUUUUAAGACAAUGCCGGGUAGCAAAAUAAAUUAAAAAGCCCCAAAAGUUGUAUGUCGUCUAAUAAAGGUUGUCAACACAGUCCUCUGCACACAGAGGCGUGGAUGGGGAAGAAGAAUACUUAAGCAGUUGCAUUUGCCACUUGUCAACAAUCAAAUGGACUUUAGUGAGCAUGAUUCCUUCCUUCCGAUGAACGCGUGAACCGUCUCUCACAUUAAUCGACUUCAUCCACAACUAUACGACACAAUUUGCGGCACUUAUUUUCCCGUGUGUUAUGAGGAAAAGUAGAGACUGACAUUCCAGGAAGACUCUUAUAUGUGACUUACUGAUCUUUAACGGAUUUCAUGUCUUAAUUUUUUUCUUAAGUUUUAUUUGUUCAUGUGCACAAUUCAUCUCUCAUUGACUUGACUUGAAUCGCCUUUAAUGCUGGAUAUGUAGUUACAGGAAACGGAAGGGUUUUCAUUGCUCAAAAGACCGUGUAUCAUAUUCAAAAGGGGAAUGUACGUCAUAUUAAUUGUGAACUGGAGUGUACUGUUCCAUGGAACUGAACUUGUCAACUGUAUGUGCGUUGUUCAUUUUUAAAUUAAAUAAUGCUCUACGCAAAAGGGAGUAGA